GAUUUCUUGACUUUGCAGCUCUUCAGAUCGCCAUGAGCAUAGAGUGAUGGAACAUGGAUCCAGCAGCGGGUCUGGGCUGCAGACAGUGGUGCAGGCUUUGCAGCACAGGAUGGACGCCUUGCAGCAGGAGGUGGCCAGUUGCCAAGAAGAGGCAGACGCCCUGCGCGAGUAUUUGUCGGAGGUGGGCGCCCUGAGCGUGGCGCGCUUCCUUGCGAAGCUGCACCGGCGCCGCUUCGAGCGCGCCAGGGCUGCCCACCCCUGGCAAGCAUCCGCUCAGCUGGCGGACGUCCUGACCAGCGGUGGCUUGGCCUUGGGCAUCGGCGUCCACACUGGCAUGGUGGAGGCAGGGGCCUCCUGCGAAGGGCUGACAAAAGCACUGGUACGUCAGGCCACACGGCAUCCCUCGACGGGGGUGUUGCCAGCGCUGCGGGCCCUCUACCCCGGUUACAUCUAUGUCCACGGCGGCUAUGAUGGACAGCGGCGCUUGCAGUCCAUCGAACGGCUUGCCCCGGCUGUGGAUUGCUGGGAGCCACUGCCUCCCAUGUCCGAUCGACGAGCAGUUGUGGCAGCUGACGUCUUGGCAGGGAAGCUGUACGUCUGCGGCGGCUGGGACGGCGAGCACCGCCUAAGCCAGGUGGAGCGCUACAACAUCGCAACAGCCUGCUGGGAGCAAAUCCCGCCCAUGCUGGAAAGGCGGAGCCAUCCGGCUGUGGCGACGCUGCGGGGCCGACUCUAUGUUUGUGGCGGCUUUGAUGGUGUUGAGAGUCUCAGCUCCGUGGAGUGCUUCGAUCCCUCAGUCGGGCGCUGGUCCUGCCUGCCACAGAUGCGAGAGCGUCGAAGACGUGCCAUCGCAGUGGUUAUGGCGGGUAAACUGUACAUAUGUGGCGGCUUCGAUGGUGCGGGGCAGCUCAAUUUUGCGGAGUGCUAUGACCCUGAGGUCGAAACAUGGACUACCUUGCCUCCCAUGCUAGCGCGGCGCGUGGUCAGUGCUGCCGCUGUCAUUGAAGGGAAGCUCUAUGUCUUCGGCAGCGAGGAUGAUGCUCGAGUCGUGAGUUCAGCUGAACGCUAUGAUCCAAAAGCUGCAGUGUGGGAGGCGUUGCCUCCGAUGCUCUCCCGGCGCGUGGGUGCUGCGGCAGCGUCUGCGGCUGGAUGCUUGUAUGUGUGUGGUGGCUGGGAUGGGCGACAGCGCUUAGACUCAGCAGAGCGCUUCAAUCCAGAUUCUGCGGUGUGGGAGGCGCUCCCGCCCAUGAACGAGAGACGCGACAGAGCAGCCGUUGCCAGCAUUGCAGACCGUCUCUAUGUCUGCGGCGGCUUCGACGGAGAUUCUGAUCUCAGGACUGCCGAGUACUUUGACCCCAGCACCGGGGAUUGGAUGCGUCUGGCACCGAUGCAGGAGAGGCGAUCCAGCGCUGUCGCAGUCGCGGCGCUGACUUAGGCUAGGGCUUACGAAAUUGGUUGGACGGGGUCCCAAACCAGCCGGCGACUUACGUUUAGG